CUGUUAAGCCGCAGAGCCUCGGACAGCCUCUCUCUGAGAGCUCGUGUGUACGCUGCUCUUCUCUCCCGGGUCGAGGUAGAAAAGAAGGGACGACCUGUUUCGAAAUGAACCUGUUCUGCUUCAGUCUGGAGGGAUCUACAGACAGCCUUUACGAGGCUCCUCAGACGAGCCCUGCUCCAGCACUCCACUGCAGUUCCAAGUGGAAUGACUCAGAGCUCUGCAUCUCUCCGGAGCUUCUCCAGACUCCCACCACACAGCGAAAGACUGAUUUAAAGAAAGCAAAGAGAAAAUCGCGCACAUCAGAGUUAACACGCAUGACUGACAGAACAGCAUCCGGUAAUGUCUACUGUCCAUGCCCUGGGAAGAGAGAUGAUUCAAUUCACCACCAAGCUCAGGAUACAAGUGAAGAUCCUUACAUGAUGAACCCCUUGGCUCGAGGAGAAAGAACUGAGAGAACUGACAGGGAUUAUGAUGUUCAGGUUGGUGAGGACAAGGCACUUGGAAGUUUUCAGAAGCUCCACCAGCUGGUGAAGAGCAGUGUUGAGGAGAGGAGAAAUCAUUUAGACAUCAGUGAAGAUCAGGUUACAGUAAUAACCUGCAUAGGACUUUCUAAAAAGUCUGAGAAGAAGCUCAAGAAAGAGUCUAACCAGCAGUCUGAACCAGGUCAUGAGAAGGAUAUAACAGAAGUGGAAAGACUGUGGAGCCCUGGACAAUUCCACCACCACCACUGGGGCUCCAUGGACACCUGUUCAGUCUGGGAAUCCUCCUAUCACACUUGCCACAGGCCCACAGCCGAUCCAUGGCUAUACAGCGUUAACUUCACCCUGCCCAGAGGAAGCGAUCGGCACCACUACGAGGAACUGUUCCAUGAUUCGGACUGCCUCACAACGGAGUACCCACCCCUGAGGGUCAUCCGCUCAUUCACUGACCUGGACAUUACCAACACCAUAGUGAGUCAUCUAGCCAUGCUAGAAAUUUUGCUUCUAAAGACAAAUAACACAUCUUUGAAAGUCAUGCUUCAGAGGAGACCUUCAAAUGCCUCAGAGAAACCAAGGAGUAAGCCAAAGCGCUCUUACAGCUUUGGCAGGUUCGACACGUCCAAAAACCAGCCCAAGCCGGAGGAACAUGAAACCUCUUUGGGACAUCAGGGUGCUGAUGGUGAAUCAGCUGAAGGAGACCAUAUCAAAGGGGGGUUAGGGAAGAAGAUGAAAGCCAUCUCGAUGACCAUGCGCAAGAAGAUGGGGAAGAAAUACGCCAGAGUUCUGUCAGAGGAAACGGGAGAAGGUGGAGAUGGUGAGCAGGAAGGUGCAGAAGUGCCUAUUGCCAGUGAAGCUCCAGCUAAAGCCUGCAUAAAAUCCAGCAACAACUCAGUGGAAAGUCUCUUCAGUCUCCACAGCGGCCAAAGCUCCUCCAGCAGUGGUAUCACCAGUUGCUCUGAGGGCUCGUGUAACAGAGACAGUCUGAGGCUGGAGGAGGAAGUUCAUGACAACAUCCAGUUCUGUGGCAAAGCAAAAGUUCACACUGAUUUUCUCCCGAGCCCGUACGACACAGAGUCUUUAAAACUCAAGGCUGGGGACAUGAUCGACAUCAUCAGUAAGCCCCCAAUGGGCAUAUGGACAGGCAUGCUGAACGGUAAAAUAGGCAGCUUUAAGUUCAUCUACGUUGAUGUCCUGGCUGAAGAGCCUGCUCCACUGACCAGGAUGGGAAACCACAGGAGAAGCAGACGACCUCGACCCAAAACACUGCAAGAGUUCCUUGAAAGACUGAACCUAGAGGAGUUCAUGUCGUCCCUGUUGCUAAACGGUUAUCAGACGGUAGAAGAUCUGAAGGAUUUGAAAGAGCAGCACCUGAUAGAGCUAAACGUGAACGACCCUGAGCACAGACACAAGCUGCUGGCAGCUACUGAGUGGUUACACGACGUGGAGUCCAACAAUCAGAAAGAAGGUGAAGGUGAAGGUGAAGAAGCGCCCAAAUCUCCGAGUGCGAUGGAGAAACCUGAGCCGAACAAUUGCCCCAGAGACUCAGGCUGCUACAUCACCUCGGACUGCUCUGACAACAGCAAAGAGGACACAGAGAGUCACCUUCCUGCAUCUCAGUCCCCAUCACCCACAGAGGUUUAACCACAAAGUGUUGUUGCAACCAGAGAAUCUGACCUACAUCUCAUAAACAACAUGGCACUGGUGCCAAUGGGGCAGUGAUCGAUCUGUUAAUGUCAAGACCAAACUUUAGUUGUUUUUAGAGUGCCUUAACGGGCUUCAUUUCUUUUUGAGCUGUCAUUCAAAUGUGCCACAAUACAUAGGAAUCUGAUUAAUCAUAUUUACAAUUUUGUGUACAUAUAUGUGUGAAAUCAUUCAUAUAGAUCACCGUUUUUAAACUUUUAGCCGUGACUGUAAAUCAGAAAGAAGAAAAAAAGCACUGUAAAUAUUGUGUAAAUAUUAUAUAAAAAAAAUAUAUUAUGCAUUCAACAGAAGAAUAAAAACUUACCAAAUAAA